AUGAGUCAUCCUGAUCGUAACAACAUUCUUGUUCACUACCAACAUGGUUUUCGCUCAGGCCACUCUUGUGAAUCCCAAUUAAUCAAUGCAAUUGAUGAUAUUGUCCGAUCAAAGAAAGACAGAAUGCAAGUAGAUCUCCUAAUACUGGAUUUUCAAAAAGCAUUCGACUAUGUGCCGCAUGAACGUUUACUUAUGAAGCUUAAUCUCUAUGGAUUACCAUAUCAACUACAGCAAUGGAUCAGGACAUGGCUAACUACACGUUACCAGAAAGUGAUUGUGGAUGGAGAGUGCUCUGAACCUGUGUAUGUAGGCUCUGGGGUGCCUCAGGGGACGAUURUUGGAGUUUUUGGUGUCAAACAAGGAAUCCAAGCCAACGGAGACGCGUGUCAGAAUUACAAAAACUUAAGCUCUGCUGACCGAUCAAUUGGUUAUUUUAAUUCAUUGGAACCAGCGAGAUGCGAUUAUAACGACCUGACCAAAGCAUGGUACCGUUUUACUGGUGCUGCAGGCACACUGAUAUCAACAUCGUGCGUUGCCAUAAAACGUUGCCAGACAUUUGCACCUGGAUGGAUGAAUGGUUCACAUCCAACCGUAGAGCAGGGGUUGGUGAUACGGACUGUCUGCUAUCACUGGUUAAAUUCUUGCUGCUUGUGGAACAACCAAAUUCAAGUCAAGAACUGUGGGGAUUACUAUGUUUAUGAGCUUGUCAAACCAAAAUAUUGUUCACUGCGAUACUGCGGCAUUGGACAAGACCCGUGUCAGAAUUACGCAAACUUGGACUCUGCUGACCGAUCUUCCGCGUAUUAUAAUUCGUUGGAACCAUUGAAAUGCGAUUCUAAUGACCUUACCCGAGACGUAUGGUUCCGUUUCACUGGUGGUGCGGGCGCACAGAUAGCAACAUCGUGCGUUCUCAAAUUCCGUUGCCAGACUCAUGCGCCUGGAUGGAUGAAUGGUUCACAUCCAACCGUAGAGCAGGGGUUGGUGAUACGGACUGUCUGCUAUCACUGGUCAAAUUCUUGCUGCUUAUGGAAUAACCAAAUUCAGGUCAAGAACUGUAGUGAUUACUAUGUUUACAACCUCGUCAAACCACCAACAUGCAAUUUACGAUACUGUGGAAAUGGAAAAGCUGUCACUACUCAGCCUCCAACAACAAUGCUUUCCACAACAACAGAAACAACAGAGCAUUCCACAGCAACAAAGCCUUCAACGACAACAGAGGCUUCCACAACAACCGAGCCUGAGGCUUUCACAACAACAGAGUCUUCCAUAACAACAAAGGCUCCCAUAACAACAGAGCCAUCAACAGCAACAGAGCCUUCCACAACAACAGAGCCUUCAACGACAACAGAGCCUUCAACGACAACAGAGGCUUCCACAACAACCGAGUCUUCCACAGAGACAGAGUCUUCCACAACAACAGAGGCUUCCACAACAACAGAGCCUUCCACAACAACAGAGCCUUCAACGACAACAGAGCUUUCAACGACAACAGAGGCUUCAACGACAACAGAGGCUUCUACAACAACAGAGCCUUCCGCAACAACCGAGCCUUCUGCAACAACAGAGGCUUCCACAACAACUGAGCCUUCUAAAACAACAGAGGCUUCCACAACAACAGAGCCUUCAACAACAACAGGAUCUUCCACAACAACAGGAUCUUCCACAAGAGCGAAGCCCUACACAACAACAACACUGUCUUUGACAACAACACAAGAAGUGAUUACUCAACAAUUAUCUGCAAAACCUACUACGGCGCAGUCAUCACCAACACAACGAAGACCUAAUACAAACGAGAGAGAGCAAUCUGCUAUCAUCAAAGUAAAGAACAUGCAAAAGGAAAAAUGGACUCCACAAGUUCAACACUAUUUCGAGAAAGAAGCUGCAUCAUUGGUUUCUGAAUACUGCAACAGAAACAACAAGGAGUGUGGCGUAGAUGACUCCCGACGCAAAAGGCGUGCUAACAUAAACGAUCCUAUAUACAAUGUCAGCAAUAUUCAUCUCAUCCCUGGAUAUCCUCAGCAAAAUGGAAGCGAUUUGUUGAUUGCUUUCUACGUACUUAAUCCAUCUGGUGGCAGUUCUUCUGUUUUAAGCGCCAUAACAUUGAUAGAGAUUUUGAAGAACGGCAAAGCAAACAUUUCACAGGCAAUAGGACACGAAAUAAGUAAGCUAGAAAAGCUUAUAAAUAAACCAGCAAAAUCAACUGUGGCACCAACAACUCCACCUUUUGAUGAGAAUUGGAAAUGGAUUAUUAUCGGUACUUGCUGCACAUUUUUUGCCUUCAUUGUCAUCGCUGUGUCGUUAUAUCACUGCGUGAGGAAGCCGAGCCGCACAAUUACACUAGUGAAUGCAGACACUUAUAAUGUCCAUAGUUUUAACAAAGGCUACCAAAACGAAGACGUCGAGAUGAAAAAAGUUUAAAAGGCAAUAUAGCUAUUUCAAGAAAACGCGUUCAGAGAGGAACAGGAGGAACGGUGGUUGAGCGACCAAAACUACUGUUAGUGUUAAAUUUUUGAAGGAUAAAAUUCACUCAUCUGCCUAAAAAUAGGAUUUUAUGGAAAGAACAAUAUUGACUGCCUUUUGAGCCUUUGUUGAGUGAACAUUGGCAUCAUCAACUAAGACCCACAAUAGCUCUCCGUCGUGCAUUCUUCUGCCCGCCCCUUACCUUUUCUCUGAAAUAGCUAUAUCUAAUAUUUGCACAAUAAGUUCGUAAUGUCACCACCAAGACCAAAAUACUUUUUUUAUCAGUAUAUUCUAUAUUAUAUUUAUUACCAGGAUCGUGAUUAAUUUGAUAUCUGAUCAGGGAUAUCAAGGUUUUUGCGUCUGGAUCGGGAUCAAAGCCUCUGGGAUUGGGAUCACUGCGGGACUAGGAUUAGAGGUUCACUAUAUGGGAUCACUUUCUUUAAGACUUGAUGAAAAUUCUGGAUCAGAGAUGAGAAAUAUAAAUCAUGCCACGAAUCUGGAAUGAUGCUCACUUCAGACGAGUACAUCAAACUGCACUAAUAACGCCUUUGUUUAAAGAAUCACAACCACCCGCUGUACCUUGCGGGCCGAAACGUCAUUUUGGUGAACACGUAAAAAUGGCGGAUUCGUAGGAUUUCUUAAAGUGAGCGUGAAUCGUCAUUCAUCCUUUUAUUUUGGACAGAAAUAGAGUUACAAGGCACUUGUGCGGUGAAGCAUGAUGAAAGAAGUAAUAACUAUUAGUUUUUAUAGUUGAUAUCACUAAACCAUCCUGAACCAGAGGAAUUCAUAAAACACAAAAGGUAUUACACGAGAGACUUGGAAGCUUCACAACGUUAUUAAUUAAGGCCGAUUUUUGCACGACAAGAUUCUGAGCUAAAAUAGUUGUAUAAAGUCAAGUCGCGCGCGAUAAUCGUGCGGUGUAAAUCGUCCUUUUUACGAAAUAAGGGACG